UAUCAUGAGAUGAUGGCAAAGAGUGUAUUGUAUAUUCUUCGCGGCACCGAACAAAAGAGAAGCUAAAUCGGCCACUGGGGCUACACGAUGACGAUUGCGACGCCUUUCAGUGGGGCAGCGAACUCUGUUACGGCGGCGAGGACCGUUCUGAUAACGGGGGUGAGCAAAGGUCUGGGAAGAGCCCUAGCUCUGGAGCUGGCGAAGAGAGGUCACACUGUCAUAGGAUGCGCUCGUACUCAAGAGAAGCUCACUGCUCUUCAAUCGGAGCUCUCCUCCUCGGCUAAUCAUCUCCUCCUCACCGCCGAUGUGAAAUUAAACAGCAGUGUUGAAGAACUGGCACACACUAUUAUGGAGAAGAAGGGUGUCCCAGAUAUCAUAGUUAACAACGCUGGUACUAUCAAUAAGAACAGCAAGAUUUGGGAAGUCUCUGCAGAAGAUUUUGACAAUGUCAUGGAUACAAACGUUAAAGGGGUAGCAAAUGUGCUGCGUCAUUUUAUCCCUUUGAUGCUCCCACGUAAGCAAGGGAUAAUUGUGAAUCUGUCUUCUGGAUGGGGAAGAUCUGGUGCUGCCCUGGUUGCACCUUACUGUGCAUCGAAAUGGGCGAUUGAGGGGUUAAGCCGAGCUGUGGCGAAGGAGGUAGCUGAAGGAAUGGCAGUGGUUGCAUUAAAUCCAGGCGUGAUCAACACAGAAUUGCUCACUUCCUGCUUUGGCAACUCAGCGUCCUUGUAUCAAGCUCCUGAUGCUUGGGCUGUGAAGGCUGCGACGAUGAUUCUGAACCUUACAGCGGGAGACAAUGGCGGGUCUCUCACGGUCUGACAACUAAAUUACAUAUCUUUUCAACUUCAGUGUUAUGGAGAAGGAGCUUCUUCAGCAAAAGGUUAAAAACAACCCUUGAUUUGAGGCUUUUUUGUUACCAGAAAUGUCAACCUAGUAGUUUAGUACCUUCUUUGGUUCUCGUACCUGAGUUUCUUUUUGACCAAAUUUCACGAUGCCCACUCUUUCACGCUGCAGCUUCAACUCUGCGAACAUUUUCAUCUAAAUUCUGAAAAGCGUACACGCUAAAGCUUGCACUGUUCAAAAUAAUUAGUGUAACGUUGGUGUGCUUACACAGUUACACUUGUAUAUCACUUUGAACUCUGAAACUGAAAUGUGUACAUUUUUUUUUAUUGGUAAUCAA